UAAUAUCGAGAACUAAAAAACUUUGACAAUGUUUUUUUUAAAUGUCAUUCAAUGACACUUUUUACAAAAUCAUUAGCUAAUUGACUAUGAAAUUGGUGUCUGUCUAGUAUUAAUGUGUACUACACUGCAUUCUAUUUCAGACGAAUUGAUCGGUGGGAAAACAAUAAGUUUAUUGAUGAAUUGAAACACAAAUGUGAAUCGUUUCUUAUCUUCCGCCUUUAUAUCUGAGGAAUUUCAAACUUUAAUCGUUAUUUUGAAGAAGUUUAAGGCAUCACCUCAAUUCAUUGCUAAAGGGCUUUUAAUGACUUUCAUCUAAUUGUUCUUCACGUGAAACCUAUCUAAGUCAUAUUUUUUUCUAUUUAUGUCCCCAAUUGUCUAACAGAGAUGGUCUCGAAAUGAUUCCUCCACUAACGUCACCUGUCAAUUAAAAUAUCCGCUCGUGAUUUCGAAUUCCGCUCGACUGUCAAUUUUCGAAAAAUUUGCUGGUGGUCAGACAAUUCUACAUAUUUGCAAAAAAUUUACAUAAAAAAAAUUUGAAGCCAGUGGUGAUCGUAACUCUAAAAGGCAUUCAAUACCCCCAGUUACUUCCGCAUCUCAAAAUCCCCCCUCAAAUCCUCGAAAAAUUCAAUCUCCCCCUUCACCCUCUCCAAAAAAAAAAACAAAAAAAAAACAUUCUCCACAAAAGGAAAGUCGGAAGGACAAUACGAUUAAAAAAUGUUGAGUCUCACCCACGCACAGCCAGUGAGGCCAGGUCUCUGUCUCACCUGGACGCAUGCGCACCUCCAUUACCCCAUUAUAAACGAUACUGGCUUUAAAAAGUCUCGAAUAGAGGGGGACAGUAUGUGUCUCACCUGUACAACGUAUUACGUUUUUCCUCCCUCCUCAUUCCCCACCCCUCAUUUCUACGUUUAACCAUGGUUCCGUACUCCGCUGGAGUAGUGGAAGAUGCGGGUGGGGAAGAUUCAAAGCGCAACAGUCAGUGGAUGUGCCGGUUCUGUGGCAGGAGGGCGCCUUUCCGAAGCACCUGGUAUCAUUCGAAACAUCCCAAUAAAAAAAUUUUAAAAAUCCCACAAAUUCACUUAUUUAUUUAUGAUUUUACGUCACCACUGCGUGGUUGUUACGAGGACAAUGGUGGGGAUUAACCCUGAAAUCAUUUGGAAUAAUAAACAAAGUGAUUGCUCCAUAAAUCCACCUGUAACGAAGAAAUAACAACGAGUGUUGAAUCCCGCGUGCUCUCGAUCGGAACUCAUUCAUCUCGUGCGAUUUUUCUUUAUGAAAUUAAUUUUUCAAAUUUCAAUUUACCACUGGUACCGGUAUUUUACGUAAUAACUGUGCAUGGAGGCGUCACUUGCGUUGGAUUCCCCCCCGACAGUGGGAAGUUGACUCUUCAGUGAUUCACUGAGUGAAAGGAAUAUUUAACAGUGCAUUUUUGAGUUUCGAUACGAUACGAUCCCUCGGGCCUCAAUCGAAAUCUUUCUGUGGAUAAUAAGUUUUUUUUUUUUUUUACUGGAUUUUAUUGUUCGUGUGCUGAUUAGUUUGGAUGAUUAUACUCUCAGUGAUAGAGGCUGUGAAUCUGUUGUGUUAUCUUCGUGGAAUGUCAACAGUUUCAUAAUCACAUGUGAAGAACGGGAUUCUUUAAUCGUCGAGGGGACUUCACGGGGAGUUGUGGCUGCAUGGGGAAUGACAUUUAACGGUUCUGGUUGAAUUACAAUUUUUACCGAGGGCUUUGGGCUUCAUAAUGUCAAUGUAUCGGUUCAGCAAGAGCGGCCGGCUCUUCGUGCAGGGCACGCGGGAGGAAGACGACCGCGAUAAUGUCGCUGGCUCCAGCAUCGGAAACGAUCUACAGGCGAUUUAUACGAAACGAAAAUUGUCAACCGAAGUUUUAGGCUCGUCGAUUGAGUCGACAAAGACCUCUAAACGCGGUGAGAACGGAACACGUCGAAUCGUGACACGAAUAAUACGGAAGACAACAACACUGACGCGUGGUGAAGAGAAAAGUGUUGCUGAGGAUCUGACAAAUCGUGGACACGUUAAGUCACUGCAGUCUGCCCAAUACAGCAAGGUCACCACCCAGGGUUCACCAAAGACUAAGACAGUUCGGAUAUCCGAUAUAGUGGUUGGACAAGAGCCGAACGUGACUGCACGCGAGGCACUGCUGCGCUGGGCGAAACGGUCAACUGCACGUUAUCCGGGUGUUCGUGUUACGGAUUUCACUGGUUCAUGGCGCGAUGGCCUCGCAUUCAGUGCAUUACUUCAUCGAAACCGUCCCGACCUCAUCGACUGGAAGACAGCGCGUUCCUGUCAAGCGAGAGAACGACUGCAUCAAGUUUUCUACAUCGCUGAGCGCGAGUACCACGUUACCAGGCUUCUCGAUCCCGAAGAUGUCGAUACCCCCGAACCGGACGAGAAGUCUCUGAUAACGUACAUCUCCUCGCUCUACGAUGUAUUCCCAGAGCCCCCGCCAAUCCACCCUCUGUACGAUGCUGACGCCCAAAGGCGCUCAGGUGAAUAUCGUGAGCUUGCAAAUGCUCUCCAUCUGUGGAUUCGCGAAAAAAUCUCCAUAAUGCAGGAACGCGCUUUCCCCCCAACUCUGAUUGAGAUGAAAAAAUUGGCAGCCGAUAAUGCCAAAUUCAAGAACGAAGAAGUACCAGUCAGGUACCGUGACAAACAACGACUCACUCACAUAUUCCGCGAUCUCCAGAAGUACUUCGAGGCUGUAGGUGAAGUGGACAUGGAGCAAGAGUUGCACAUAGAUGUUAUCGAUAAAAAUUGGAAUCGUCUGAUGCUGCUCCAUCAGGAGCGAGAGCAAGCGGUGCUUGAUGAGAUAAAACGCUUGGAGCGACUCCAGAGACUCGCUGAGAAAGUUCAUCGUGAGAUGAAAGCCACGGACAAUCGUCUGGAGGAGUUGGAGAGAAGGGUCGAGGACGAGGCUCGUCGUCUCGAUCGUUUGCAUCCACUUGAGGCGAAGCACGCUGUGGAUCUCUUGGAACAGGAUAUUCGCAGCACGGAAAUCUCCAUCCAGAAUAUCUUCACUGAUGUUCAGACUCUCAUUGAUGGAAAAUACAGUCAGGGUGGUGAACUUUAUAAGCGAGUGCAAAAAUUACAUCAGCGUUGGGUGUCAUUGCGCUCUCUAUUGCACAAGCGUCUGGUUGAACCCCUCUCAGCAGUAUCAUUCCCCGUUGAGGAGCGUGUUGUCACAAAACAUCGUACAACUGUUCACGAGACACGUUUAGUCGAUACAAAUCCACAUUUUCGUAAUUUACACGACUGCAUCGACUGGUGUAAGAACAAACUCAAGCAGAUCCAGGAGGCUGACUACGGCUCUGAUCUUCCCAGUAUCAAGAACGAAUGGGACAUUCAUCAACGCGAGCACAAGAGCAUCGAGCAAUUCAGAAGUAAAAUUGAGAAAUGCGUUUACGCCAAGACUAAUUUUCACGGUGAAGAAUUGUCACUGUACAGCCAACAUCUCAGUACACUGCAGCAGAUAUACUCCGACUUGCUGGAGAUAUCUAAUAAACGUCUUUCGGAUCUCGAUGUUCUUCAUGAUUUUGUUCAGUCAGCAACUAGAGAGCUACACUGGUUUAAUGCUAAGGAGGAGAUUGAAGUCACACGAGACUGGAGUGACAAGAAUCUUAAUGUGCAGAGUGUGGAACAAUAUUAUGAGCAUUCAUUUGGUUCAGGAUCAGAGAAUCUCAUGAACGAUAUGGAGAAACGUGAAAUCCAGUAUGUAGCAGUGCAGCAACGGGCUGAGAUUCUCAUAAGUCAGGGACACCCAGCCUCGAAGACAAUCGAAGCGUACAGCUCAGCAAUGCUGAAGGCAUGCUCUUGGCUCCUGCAGUUGACACACUGCCUCGAGGUUCAUCUCAAGCAUGCAGCAGAGAGCCAGCAGUUCUUCAAAGAAGUCCAACAGGCUGAACAGUGGCUGUCAAAGCAGGAUGAGAUCCUCAACACCAUCUACUCCCAAUCUGAAUUCAGCAUUGACGAGGGAGAGCGUUUGCAGAGGGGCUUGAGUGAGCUUAGAGUUGAGUUGGAGAGCCAUGAGAAGCAGGUCCGAAGACUCGUGGAUCAAGCAAAGAUGAUUGUUCCAAUGAAACAACGAAGGCAACCAGUAACGAGACCACUCCAGGUCACCUGCAUCUGUGAAUACAAAGAAGUCAACAUGUCCAUUGAGAAGAAUGAGCAGUGCACACUCUACGAUAACUCUGGUAGAGUAAAAUGGAGGGUAAAGAAUUCUCAAGGUGUGGAGUCUCCAGUGCCAGGUGUUUGCUUCUCUCUGCAGCCACCAGACAAGGAUGCCCUUGAUGCUGCUGAACGUCUUCGUCGUCAGCACGACAGAACCACUGCCCUGUGGCAACGAAAGCACUUACGUCUGAGACAGAACACCAUUUUUGCGACUAUCAAGGUCGUGAAGGGCUGGGACUUUCCUCAAUUCCUUGCUAUGGGACAGGAUCAACGAGCGACAAUCAGACGAGCUCUCAACGAAGACGCUGAGAAGCUUCUUGCUGAGGGAGACCCAGCUGAUCCUCAACUGAGAAGACUCAGGAGAGAAAUAGCCGAUGUCAACAGGCUGUUCGAUGACUUCGAGAAGAGGGCUAGGGCGGAAGAGGAGUCCAGAAAUGCUGGGAGAAUCUUUGAUGAUCAACUUUCCUCACUGAAGCAGUCUCUUGAUGAGUAUGAGAGAAUUCUUAACAUAAGAAUUGCCUCUCCACUGCCCAGGGACUUGGACAGUCUCGAGCAUAUUGUUCUAGAACACAAGGACUUUGAGCUGAAUCUGCAGAGACUGGCUCCUGAUUAUGAGGAGGUGCAGCAGACAUUCAGGGGAAUAACUCUGAAAAUACCAGCUAUGAGAAAUAAGCUGGAUGACGUAAUGACCAAAUGGAAUAAUUUGUGGAAUCUCAGCAAUAUCUACAUUGAAAGGCUCAAAUGUGUGGAGAUUGUGCUGUCUGGCUUGGAAGAUAAUAUUGCCAGCAUUUCUGAAUUUGAACUCAAACUCGCUUCUUAUUCUGACCUUCCCUCUGAUGUGAAAGGACUGCAGAUUGUUCUCGAGGACCUCAUGACUCUGCAGAAUGCCAUUGGACAGCAGCAAAUUUCCAUAGAUCAGCUCAAUGAUGAUGCGCAUAAUACUAGGCGAGUUGUGGAGAAGUCAAGACCUAAUCAUCGUGGUCCUCACAGUGAUAUGGAUCGCCUAGAUGCUGAGGUCAGUAGGCUGAACUCACGGUGGACAAAUAUUUGUGGACAGGUUGUCGAUAGAAUGAGGAGUGCUGAAGCCGCUUAUAUCCUUGCUCAGAAAUAUCAUACUUCUUAUCAGAGUGAAGUUGACUUUGUUGAUGAUAGUUAUAAAAAACUGGAGGCUACUUCACCGGUGCUCACUAAGGCACAUGAACUUGAAACAACAAAGAACCUGUUGAACCGAGUCUGUGAUCGUGCACCAGCAGUGGAAGCUGUCAACAUGACUGGUGGCAGAUUGAUACGCGAGGGCAAGAUUUAUGGCAACCAGCUGAGAUCCUUCAAGGAACUGCUCGAAGAAAUCACUCCAUCAUUCGAUGCAUCCAUCAAACGACCGAGACGCGAGUCCAUCAUAACAGUGGACAGCAUUGCACGGGAUCUUGAUAAUCUCAACAGAAGAUACACAACACUUGUCAGCCUCUGCCAAGAGCGCGUGCAAAAACUUUCGCAGCAGUAUCCUGACGACGUGGCGUUACAACGCGCUCUACAAGAGCAACGACCACUACGUACAUUUCGUACCGAGUUUAGCAUCUACGAAAGCACAACCAACGAGGAACGCUACACCUCAACCACCACCCACUACACCCAAUCGCAGUACUCAACCGAACGUCAUGAGACAUCGGAGACGAUUUCAAGUGAGAUACAGCGUGCGUCCUCGAGGGAAUCGUCCCCCCUCAAGAGACCCUAUGGUACAAACCACAGUGGUCAUCUUACCGCGAAUGGUGACGGUCCGGUACAAUCAGAGAGCGAUGGUUGUCACAUCGAGAAAAAUAGCAGUAUGCAGUUUAGAGAGAUAAGAAGUCUGAAGCGAAUUAACAGAUCGGAGCACACUAGCGAUACAGACAACAUAAUAGAGGAUAGGGGUAUCGUUCAUCCUGUUACGGGUGAGGUACUUACCGUUGGUGAAGCGAUAAGUCUUAGGAUACUUGACGUUAGGAACGGUCGAAUAGCUACGUCUGUCGAUGGAAAAACAAGUGUCUCGAUCGAGGAGGCUGCGCGAUUAAAUCUCAUUGAUGUUGAUCUUGCUCAUCGCUUGUUAGGACCAUGCGGUGUCAUCGAGAAUGGCCGAAGAUUAUCACUGUUAGCAGCUAUUCAACGGGAAUUAUUUGAUGCUGAACGUGGUGAUGAUAGAGUCAAGGUAACUUGUGUUUCAACUGGUGUUAGCGUUGCAGAUGCGAUGAAACAGGGAUUACUUGAUGCAGAGACGGGACUAUUUGUUAAUGAGAAAGGGGAGAAAAUGACUAUUGAGGAGGCUUACAAUUGUGGAUAUCUCGUGAGACUAAAUACAACUGUUAAGAUAAAACGUGGUGCCCUUGCACUUUCUGAUGCCAUUGCCCAGGGAUUAGUCGAUGAACGUAACGGUCAGAUUAUUGAUAGAAACACUUUCGAGACUUACUUGCUUGAUGAAGCCAUUCAGAGAGGUGUCAUUGAUCCUGAUGUUAGAGAAGUUGUUGAUGCUAAGAAUGACGUUAAAAUUACUAUUGAUGGUGCUAUCAGUCUAGGAAUUAUUAAUCCGAAGAGUGGAAGAUAUGUUCAUGGAAUAACAAUGGAGAAACUGUCAUUCAAAGAGGCUAGAAGACGGCAACUUAUCGUUAAACCAAUGACGCUCAAAGAUUGUUGUGAUUUAGAAAUUAUCGAUGAUAAAGGAAAAAUUUCAAGUCCUACGCAUAAGUCUAAGCUGGGUAUUCUGGAAGCUGUUACAGCUGGAGUCCUUGAUUUUGAUACUGUUAAAUCGAUUUUUGAUACAACAGCUGGUGAGUUACUGACACUAUCUGAUGCAUUAGCGAGUGGUAUUAUCACUACAAAUAGUCGAUACAAAAAUUUGGAAACUAGCGAGGAACUCUCGAUUCCUGAAGCCGUUGAAAGAGGACUGAUAACGUCAGUAGCACAAAAAUCAAUAUUCGAUAUCGAUGGAUUCAAAGAUCCCGUUUCCGGUGAGUUUAUCAGUCUUAAUAUAGCUUUGCUUAAGGGUCUGAUUAGUCCGAAAUCGGGGGGUUCAUUUGUGGUGGAUUUAGGCACAGGGAGGACAGUGUCUUUUGGUGACGCUAAAGAAUUAGGUCUCGCGCGUCCAGAAGUCAUGGAGAUGUUGAAUAGAGGAAUAGGGGUUACGGAAAAUGGUCGAGAAGUUAGUGUCCUUGAAGCGGUAUUGUUGAAUUUAUUGGAUCCUAAAUCAGGACAGUUGUUGGAUCCAAGAACGGGAAAGCUGGUGGCUUUGGAGGAAUCAAUACGACGGGGGUUGAUAACACCUGAUGGUGCUGCUCUUCUCGCUAGUGUUUUGAAUAUUACGGUUACGACUCAGACUGUUAGGAAGGCAAUAAGUAAAUACGUGACUGUGACGGAGACUGGCGAAUCAGUAAUGAGAGAUUACAAAAUUUCAUACAAAGAGGCUGUAGACAGGGGAUUAAUUGAUGAAAGAACUGGUGAGUUCACCGAUCCAGAUAGUGGUAGGCAAAUGGAAGUGCAGAAAGCUAUUGAUGAGCGUUUGUUGAGUGCUCCCGAUGUCAGACAGGUCGAGAGGUCCUCCCCCAAAAAAACUAAGGAUUCGCCUUCGAAACAAAUGACCUUUGAGAGCACAUUGUACACCAGAAUUGGCGAUAAGCCAAUCCAGCGGCCUGCCUCACCACCUAGGGCAAUUGGAACCACAACUACUAUUAUUAGUCAUGAUUAUGUGGAGCCACCAAGCCAGGUUAGCAUAACCACUGUUUCAGUCUCUUCCCCUGAACCUUCGAAAAUGUCUUCCAAUGAAUCUCCAACUAAUUUACGAUCUAGAAGUCCCUCACCUGUCAAACAUAUUACUACUGUCGUAGUUACUCCAGACAAUGGUGAGGAGAAUGUAGGGCCUUUAGAUAGUAAAAAUUAUUCCGAGGUACGAAAAACUACAAGUAUUAUCAGAGAAGUUGAAACAUUCAUUGAGAAAGAAUCUAGUUCAAUGGAGAAGAAAGUUUUUGAGCUACCGUCUGAAGGAUGGAUGCUUGUCGAUGCUAUUAGUCAGAGAUUAUUCGAUCCUAUCACAGGACUCUUUAUCAUUCCUGGUACAGAUAGACUUGUUUCAUUUGAAGAAUGCGUUAAACUCGAAAUCAUUAAUCCGGAUUCGGCAGUCGUUAUAGAUCCAAAUAAUGGUAGGAAGAUUUCGUUGCUUAGAAGUUUAGAGAAGAAUAUUCUAGAUUCAACUGGACAUUAUACCCAUCCUCAUAAAAUUUCUAUGAAAGAAGCCAUCAGCAAAGGUUUAGUGAUUAUGGACAAUAAGACGACAGAUGUUGAUGUGAACAAUUCUCGACUCAUUCAAAUUACGAAAGAAACAGGAAAGCCAGAUAGAGUUGAAGUUAGUGGUGUAGAAUUAACACCUGAAGGAAAAUUCACGUCUGAUCCAAUUCAGGUUACUCAGGGUGUCAUUUAUGAUCCUGAAACAGCUCUGGUCAUUUUCACUGAAACUGGAAAAUCUGCUAAUAUUUUAACAGCUGUUAACGAAGGUGCCUUAGAAUCUGACGCAGUAGUUGUUAGAGAUCCUCAAACAGGUAAGGAAAUCAGUCUCGAUGAUGCGGUUGAUAAGGAAAUCGUUGAUUCUCGGACGGGCACUUAUGUCGAUAACACAGGUCGGAAAAUUUCGUUAGCAGACGCGGCUAAAUUCGGUUUGAUAGCAGUUGUAGGCACACCGCUAGUGGCUGCUGCAGCAGCUGUGGAAGCUGUGAAGAAAGCUAUGAUCAAGGAUCCGAAGACUGGUGAGAAUAUCCCCAGGGAAGUCGCAAUUGAACGCGGCCUGGUAACGCCUGAUCAAGUCAUAAGUCAUUCAGAGGUCUUUACAACUGAUGUCAAAGAUCCAGCAAAUAGGAAGGAGCUGCCUGCAAAGGAAGCUCUUGAAAAAGAGCCCAUAAUGCCGGAUCAGACCAGCAAGAUGGUUACAAAGAUGGAACCAAUAGCUUUUGUGAAAAUGGCUGGAGACUCAAGCAGUUCAUUCGAGGAGAUUGAGGACCUAGGACCAAAUUUACCUGAAACGUCACAAAGCAAACUGACCACUGAACCAAAGUGCAUGGUGAUGAUUGGAAAAACCCAAAUAAUUUCCCAAAGUCCUGAAAGAGAGACAACAUCUAUUAUACUUAAAAAAAUGGGGAAGCGAAUUGUUAACCCUAAGGAGGCUCUGAGAACUGGGUUAAUUGACAGAGAAACUCUUCACAUAUUGGAGCCAAUAAUUGAAGAAGCUGGCGGUGAAUCUGUGAUUGAGUCUAUCGAGAAUAAUCGAAUCGAUCCAAACAGUGGGAAAAUUAUAGAUCCGCAGAGAGGCGAUGUCUUAACUAUCAAAGAGGCUCUGGAUCGUGGAGUUUUGGAUCCAGACAGCGGUAAUGUCCUAGUGCCUUUAGCCAAGAGCUUGUCAGUUCCCGGGUUGUAUAACCAGGGUCUUCUAGAUCCUCACGAAGGUACAGUGAUUCAUCCAGAGACUGGCCAGCAUCUUUCUCUGAACGAAGCCAUCGUCUGUCAAAUUGUCGAUCCUCAAUCCGAAUUGAUUCAUCAUGAUGGUAGUCAUAUAUCGAUUGAAUCAGCCAUUGCAAAAGACAUCAUUGAUGCGGAUAAAUCCCUCAUUCAAACCGAAGAUGGCGAUGUCAAUCUUGUUGAGGCGGUCGAGCAAAAUAGAUUCGAGACAACUGAAUCAACCAGUUCUGUGUCAUUACCACCUGUUGGAAUGACAUUCCCAGUUGCCUUAAAACGUGGUCUAGUGGAUUCGUCGAAGAAGGAAGUAACUCAUCCGAUAACUGGUGAUCAAGUGCCUCUAGAUGAAGCCAUUGAAAAGGGUCUUAUCAUGUCCGUUCCACAUCCAACUGCACCUGAUUGUAUAGAAGUAACAAAAGCCGCCGAGGCUGGUCUCAUAGAUGAUGAUAAGGGUGUUUUUAUGCAUCCCAAAACUGGGGAAAAGAUACCUGUAUCUGAAGCCCUUGAAUCUGGAGUUCUGAUUGUCAAAGCAAAACCUGAUGGUGAAGUAAUGACAUCCAUCACGGAAACUAUCACUUCGUAUCACACCAUUUCUACAACAACUAUCCAGAUGCAGUCUGGUUAUACUCUCGUAAAUGCCAACGAAAUUCAGAACACAACAACUGGGGACAUUAUCCCUAUGGAGGAGGCUAAAAGACAAGGAAUUGUCAAAGAUGAAUUUGAGACUCGAGAAGAAUUCACCACCGGAGAUAUCAAGAUGGCAUUCAGUGAUGCAGUCGAGAAAAGUCUGGUUGACAUGAAUGCUGGAACAUUUAGAAUUCCAGGAACAGAUGAUGUCAUUCCCAUUGCGAAAGCUAUCGAAGAUGGAUUCCUUGAUACGUCCCAAAAUUCAGUGACUGAUUCUCCGAAGAAAAGCACAAGUAACCUUACUGUGCUUGAAGCUGUCGAUCAACUUUACGAUGAGAAGACUGAAAAGUUUAUUGACCCGAUCACCAAUAACUCCUAUAAUCUGACCGAAGCUAUCGAUGUAGGUCUAAUUGAACCGGAUUCUGUUGUCUACGAUGUUAAGUCAGGGGCUCCAGUGACGACGAAGCAGGCGAUUGAGCGAGGAAUUCUCGAUGCGAGAACUGGAAAAGUGAAAGAUCCCAAGGGAAGUUCAAUUUCCGUUGCGGAGGCGGCGAAAUUGGGCCUUCUAGCUGUUGUUGCUGCUCCAGUUAUCGCCGGGAAGGUUGUCGUUGACGCUAUCAAGAGCAGAAAAACAAGUGACAGACGACCAACAAUGUCACCCGUUCAAGAAGCAAGCCCCAUUCAUAAGCAACAAGUCGUUGAAAAAUCACCAGUGACAGAUGACUCAAAGUUUAUCAGUGAGAAAUUCAUUCAAACUGAACAAAUCGGGAAAAAAGAAUGGGAGCCAAUUCAAACAACAUUGGAAGAGGCUAUCAAUAAAAAUCUUAUUCAACCUGCGAACUGCAGGAUGAUCGUGGAGCAGAGAGAAUCUCCAAUGACUGUUCAUGAAGCUCUGGAACGACGAGAGGUCCGUUUAAGUGAGCAAGUAAUUGUCAUCAAUCCCACAACUAUUUCUCUUCUCGAAGAAAGACCAAGAUUCAAGGUCGAAAUCACCCGAUAUUUAACUCCAGAGUAUCUUGCUGAUCAAGGUGUUUACGACUUAGAAACGGAGAAAUUCUUAAAUCCAUAUACCGGAUACCCAAUUAGUUUUCAAGAAUUUGUACUUGGCCUGGAAAUCUUCGAUCCAGACCACGUUUAUGUGAAGGAUCUAUCGAGUAAAACCGAUUCGUAUGUGUCUCUUCGUGAAGCUGUCAAUCGUCCACUAGUCGACAGAAAUCUCGGCAAUAUGGUCGAUCCAAAGACUGGUAAGAAGAUUCCCUUCUUGGAAGCCACUAAACAGGGCAUUAUUUUCCAACGUAAUCCUAUAAAUGAGGACGAAACUCUAUCCCUGACGCUUCAAGAAGCGAUAGACUCAGGGAUAUGUGAUUCUACAAAUGGUACCUUGCAGGAUCCGCGUACUGGUGAACCAUUGUCACUGGUUGAUGCAGUCGAAGGUGGUCUGAUAGAUGCAGACUCCAUCAGUAUCCGGAAUCCAGCGAAUGAUGAGAUAAUACCGUUGGCUGAAGCAGUUGAUUCGGGUAUCGUCGAUCUAACUCGUGGAGUGAUUAUCAACAUCGAAACUAGAACCGAGAUCGACCUAAAAGUAGGAUUUUCAAAGGGUCUCAUUGUAUCCGCUCUGAGAAAGCCUAUUUCCCUCGAAGCCGUAAUUAACAAAGGCCUCUACGAACCUGAAUCGGGCCUGAUUGAGGAUCCAAUGACGAAACAAUCGAUAGAUAUCGAGGAAGGAGUUCGAAGAGGAAUAAUCGACGCCUUUAUAACCGAGUGCCAAGACACCAAAGCGGGUUCAUUGCUGUCUUUAGACGAUGCAAUAUCAGUGAAACUUAUAAAUCCAAAGACUGGAAGACUACGUGAUACUAAGGCUGGCGAGUCACUUCCUCUGGACGUCGCUCUUAACAAAAAACUAAUAAUUACAACGCCGUUUGUGCCUUCACUAAUUGAUGUUGUGGUCCAAGAAUAUUAUUCUCCAAAAUCUGGCCUCAUCCUGAACCCCAUGACUGGAGAUGAGGUAACUGUAAACGAAGCAUUAUCAACUGGUUUCGUUGAUGGUCGAAUGAUAGCUGUAAAAGAUGAAAGGCAAGAUGCAGUCGUGACUCUCCAAGAGGCGGAAAAAUCAGGGCUUUUGGAUCUGGAGAAAGGAAUAUUGGUCUACCCUCAACCUAUGACUCUUGAUCAAGCGUUCGAAAAGGGUUACAUCCUCAGCACAAUAAAGCCAUGGACUCUUCAAGAAGCUCUAGCCCAUCAAGUAUAUUCUCCAACCAGUGGAAUGUUCACCAUCGAAGGUGAGAACUUAACGUUGGAAAAGGCGAUGGCAAAGGGCCUCAUCAGUCAUGACAGUCCUUCUGUCAAAGAUCCGAAAACGGGGGAUGUUAUUUCUCUGAAUGAUGCCAUCAAACUCGGCUUGAUAGAUCCUAAAUCAGGCACUGCCUUGGAUCCAUUGACGGGUACAGCCCUGUCACUGAUUGAUGCUGUUGAUCGUGGUUUGAUAGUUCCAGCGAAACGCAAAAUUUCAUUGCCUGAAGCGAUAUUCAAGGGAUUCUACGAUCCAAAGACGGGACAAUUCACUAGUUUCGAUACUAAGGAAAAACUCCCAACCGAUCGUGCUAUCAAAGAGGGAGUCAUUGACCCAACAUCAGCCAUCGUUAAAGAUCCUAAUGGUGAUAUAAUUACAUUCAGCAAAGCCAUUGAGGCCAAUAUAAUUGAUCCAAAGACCGGAACAAUAACAACCGAAGAAGGAAAGCCUUUAGACUUCCAGGAGGCAUUCGAACGUGGAGUUCUCGUUGAAGCUCGCAGACCAAUGAGUUUCAGUGAAGCUAUUCUCAAGAGUAUUCUCGAUGUGAAAACCAACUUAUUUUUGGAUCCAAAGACUGGGGCUUAUUUAACAAUAGCCCAGGCCAUUGACCGAAACGUGAUUGAUGCUGGUUCAGUAUUUGUCAGGGAUAGUAAUGUGGGAAUAACUCAGAAAAUGAGUCUUCCUGAUGCGAUAAAAACAGGACUGAUUGACGGCACUUCUGGACGAGUCAAAGACGUCACAAGGAACAACCUCCAGGUAUCUUUGAUAGAGGCUUAUGAACUUGGCCUAAUUGUCGAUAACAAAGCACCAAUAUCGGUCCAGCGAGCCAUUCAUCAAGGUUUGUAUGUUGACAAAACCGGUAAGAUAAUUGAUCCCGGCAAUGGUCGAGCGAUUACUCUGCACGAGGCUAUGAGAAUGGGUAUCAUCAAUCCCAAGUUAGUGUGCUACUGGGACAAACGGGGAGAAUCUCUUCUGUCCCUUGCAGAGUCUUGCAGGGCGGGCAUGGUAGACAGACGUUCUGGGAUGUUCAAAGAACCAGGUGCCCAUUAUCCAAUUCCUCUUUCGUUAGCUCUUCAACUGGGUUUGAUAAUCGACAUAGAAAGCGCAGGUUUUAGCUUGUACGAUGCAAUCCACAUGAAGAUGUACGAUCCUCCAUCUGGCACCUUCAUUCAUCCUUCGAGUAACAAACGACUCACAUUAUCCGAAUCAUGUCAGGUAGAAUUGAUAAAUCCUCUCAUCUCCAUCGUUAAGAAUCCCCAAUCGAGUCGAUACAUUCCCCUGUCCGAGGCAAUUGCCGCAGGUAUUGUUGACGAUGUCCAAGGGACAUAUAGUAUUCGUGAACUCAAUCAGGUUAUGAAUUUGAAAGAGGCUAAAGACAAAGGCUACAUUGUUCCAUCGGAAAAGCCACUGUCCAUUGAGGAGGCAGUGAAGUGUGGAUUGUAUAAUGGAGACAGUGGUAAAUUUGUAGAUCCAUCGACUAAUGAAUUUCAAGAUUUGGUUCAGGCUUUCGGUUCAGGUCUUCUAGAUCCAGACACAACUGCUCUCAAGGAUGCCACCUCAGGACAGAUUAGAUCUCUGCAAGAGGGCAUUGGUGAUGGGACAGUUGAUGUUCCUAAGGGUCGUAUUCUCGAUCGUAAAACCACACGUUCGUACACUAUUGACAUUGCGUUAGAGCGAGGUUUACUAGUUAACAUUGAUAAACCGUUGACACAACAGACAGAACAAAAGACGUCUAUCGAGCUUCAGAAAUUGGGAGUUAGUAGUAAAGGUAUCCGUGAAUGUAGUAUCGAGGAAGCCGUGCGGUAUGAGCUCCUAGACCCAGCUAAGUCAUGCGUUAAAGAUCCAAGGAAUGGAAAGUUUAUCUCCUUGAGCGAAGCGUUGAAAGACGAUGUUGUCGAUUCUUCUAAAAGAGGAACAUUUGAACCCCAAACUGGAAAAGUACCCCAGCAAUUGAUUCGUUUUGAAGAUGUUAAUGUUUAUCUGGCUGAGCCAUUGAGCCUAGACAUAGCUGUGGAGAAAGGAUAUCUUAUUCUCGAGACAGCAAAAUUGACCGAGCCAAAAUCAAACGAACAAUUGACUCUGAAGGAGGCAGUAACUCUCGGUAUAAUUGAUCCCGACUCAGCUCUGAUAAAAGACCAUCAGAAGAAAAAAUUAGUUAAACUACCCGAGGCAUUCAGAAAGGGCAUAAUGGAUGGGGAGAAGGGAAACGUUUUGGACACCGAAACAUCAAAAUUAUAUUCCCUGAAUAAAGCCGUUGAGACUGGCUUAUUGACAACCCAAAAACGUGGAAUACCGUUUAUUGAAACCCUACAAUUUGGCCUUUACAAUUCCACAACCGGUUGUUUCAAUGAUCCGUUCAUGAUAACAUCCGUAGUAGAUCGUAAACCCUUGACACUGAGUGACGCGUUAGAGUCAGGCUUAAUUGAUCCCUCCACAACCGUGAUUAAAGACCCCGUUAAUGGAAAUAUAUCGAGCCUACUUGAAGCCAUAAAUGAAGAAAAUGUAGAUCCCAUUGCUGGAAGAUUGCGCAAUGAUCCUGAUGACAAAGACCUUGACUUUGUGGUAGCCUUGGAAAGGGGUUACAUACUCGCAGCUGAGGCGAGGCAAGCGGUUAAGGAGAAGUAUAAGGUGUGCGAUGAAACACUUAUAAAACUAUUGCAAUGGAUAUCUGAUGUUGAGGACAAACUCGCACAUCAGGAUGUUGUCAGGGAAGACAUUGAAGAUCUUAGGAAUCAGAUAAACAUCAUGAAGCAAAUAAAGGAAGACAUAGAAGGCCACAAUCGUCCAGUCUCCUCCGUUCUGGACCAAAUCCGCCAGGUGGUGAUAACCGGAAGUGAUGUACUAUCGAGUGACGAGGUUGCGACCCUUGAAAAGAACGGUAGAUCCCUAAAGACUCGUUACGAUCGUGCAGCAGAUCGCACAGAGCGACUGCUCCGUCGAUUGGCAGGCGCCCGAGACGAAUUGACCAAAUUCAAGAAUGAGAUUUCCUCUUUCUCCUCCUGGUUGGACAAGGCUCGCCGAGUCCUAGAAGACAAGGAGCGCUCCCUCUCCGACCUGAACAGACUGAGCUCGAGCACCGAUACCACUAGAGACUUCAUCAGCGAUGUGAUUGCUCACCAAGCUGAUCUUCGUUUCAUUACGAUGGCAGCUCAGAAAUUCGUGGACGAGAGCAGGGAAUAUCUCCAGGUGCUGAACGACUUCAGAACAAGUCUUCCUCAACGUCUCUCUCACAAAGAGCCAACAGCAAGCCAAGACUCACCAGUUCGUAACGAAGUCACUAUCGUCACAGCGCAGUACAAGGAUCUCCUCUCCCGUGCCACCAAUCUUUCUGACCGAUUAUCAGGUGUUGGUGGACGACAGCGUGACUAUCACGACUCGUUGGAGAAGGCUAAGGAGUGGUUGAAGGAGGUUGAGCCUAGGGUGCUCAGAGUCAUUGCAGAGCCAGUUGCUGCUGAGCCAAAGCAGGUUGAGGAGCAACUGUCAACCGCUAAGGCCCUCAAUAACGAGCUGCUGGCGAAUGCUCGGCUAAUUGACAACGCUAAGUCAAGCCUUGACAGCCUCCUGAGGUCGUUGGAUGGACAACUGACGCCGAGUGAAGCCAGUCUGCUUGAAGAACCCGUCAGGAUUCUGGAGGACAAGUACAGACAGCUCUCCAAUGCCCUCGCUGAGAAGUGCCAGGAGCUGGAUACAGCUUUGGUGCAGAGCCAAGGAGUUCAGGAUGCCCUAGACAGCCUUGUAACUUGGCUGAAUAAUGUUGAGAGCCAAUUCAAGAACAUGCAGCGUCCAGCGAGUCUCAAUAAAGAUCGCCUUGAGGAGCAGCAGCGAGAACAGCGAAUGCUGCAGUCUGACCUGGACAGUCAUCGUCCCAGUGUGGAGGCCAUAUCAGCCUCUGCUCAGGACUUGUUGAUCAAUUCCAGCAAUGCACGUGUUGCCAAGAGAAUCGAGGGCAAACUGAAGGACGUUCAGAGCCGUUACGAGAAGCUGAUGGACAAGUCAUUGCGUAGGGGAGAAUUUUUGGAGGAAAUAGCACAGGCACUUCACGACUUCUUCAGGGAGACUUCACAGUUCGACACUUGGUAUUCACACAUGAUUGAAAUUCUGGAGUCCAGGGAGCUCUCCAAACUCGAUGUCAGCGAGUAUGAGAGCAAAAUGGCACAGUUGGUGGACAAACGUGAGGAUCAACGCGGCAAUUUCGAGGAUCUCAUUCGAAACGGAAAGAAUCUGGUCGGUAAAAAGGACAUCACUGAUGCCGCGCAUAUUCGUGACAAGAUCAAGGCCGUUGAGACACAGUGGAGGGAGCUCAAUAAUCUACUUGAUGAGAAACAACGUCUCAGCAAAUCUAGAGCUGAACAGCUGGGAGCUUACGAGAAACUGCGCGAUCAGGUGCUCGACUGGCUGACCAGGACUGAGAACAGAGUAACGAGACUACAACCGGUGGCUGUUGACCUUGAUAAGCUGAAGACUCAGACUGAUGAACUCAAACCCAUUCAGAAGGAGUACAGGGACUAUGGCAACACAAUUGAUAAGGUCAAUGAUCUAGGGAUCGUGUACGAUAGCCUGCUGAAGGAACGUGGAGACAGCCCACCCAGACGUCGUGGUAGUGCUAGUCCCACCAAGAGGACCACCAUCACCAGCCCACUCCGCCGAACCUCACAAGACGGUCGUUCACCUUCCCCCACUAAGUCGUACGCGGUUCAAAGUCCAGUAUCCCCAGGUGGUAGCAGUGGAUUCAGCAGCAGGCGAUCCAGCCAGGAUGGCUUCCAUCUUGAGGAGUUGUCGGCGGUUCAACAGCAGUUGUCUGAGAUUAAUAAUCGAUAUGGGCUGCUGGGAGUCAGGCUAUCUGAUCGUCAGUCAGAGUUGGAUAAUAUCAAGGAUGAGAUCAGAAAAUUGCUGGAUAAUUUGAAAACUCUGUUCCAAUUUUUGGAUAAGAUUGAACGCCAACUUCCCAAGGAAGCCAUUCCCUCCACAAAAGAAGAAGCAGAUAAAACUGUCAAGCAGAUAAAAAUAAUCGUUGAAGAGAUGUACGAGAAGCAGUCCCUCCUCGACAGCACAAAGACCCACGUUCGAGACAUUGUCCGUCGUAAGAAGGACGCAGAGGGAGCAGACAGGCUCAAUGACGAACUGGAGGACGUUGCAAGCCGUUGGAAAUCAAUUUCAGAUCGUUGCAAAGAUCGAGUCAGGUUCUUGGAGGACAUCAAGGAGUUCCACGAUGGCUACGAGAGCCUGAACUCUUGGUUGGGAGCUAAGGAGAGAAUGUUGGGCGCCCUCGGGCCUAUUUCGUCAGAUCCAAGGAUGGUCGCUAGUCAAGUACAGCAGGUCCAGGUUCUUCGUGAAGAGUUUAGAACUCAACAGCCUCAAUUGGAUCACCUGGUCCAAGUCGGGGAGAGCGUGUGUGGACGACUGCCCAGUGACUCUGUUGAUGGCCACAAGAUCCGUACGAAACUCAGCAAUAUCCUCCAACGCUGGCACGAUCAGGUCGGACGUCUGGACGAUCGUGCCCAGAGUCUUGGCGAUGCUGUCGAUACCAGCAGAGAGUUCGACGCGAGUCUCAAUCGUCUUCGCGAUGCUCUACAAGCAAUUUCAGACAAUCUCGAUGAUUUACCAUUGGACAAAGAUCCUGAGGAGCAAUUAAGGAAGAUUGAGAAUUUAGAACGUCAACUGGAGGGCCAGAGGCCACUGCUUGCCGAUGCUGAAGCUGCUGGUGCACAAUUAUGCGAAGUAUUGAGUGAUCCUGCAUCGAAGUCCGAGAUUCAGGGGAAAUUGGCAGCUGUUGGAAAGCUGUACACCAACUUGCAGAAGAAGUUGGAUCACAGGAAGGCCGAGCUUGAGGGAAGUCUUCGUGAUGGAAGACAAUUUGAGGCAUCUUGCAGCAAGACUCUUGGUUGGCUUGCUGAUGAACUUGGUAACAUGUCUGAGAAGCUUCUGGUGUCUGCUGACAGGGAGAUUCUUCAGCAGCAACUUGACCACCACGAACCGAUUUACAGAAAUGUCAUGGGCAAGGAGCAUGAGGUAAUCAUGCUGCUGAACAAGGGCAGAGACAUUCUCAUGAGGUCCCCCAAGACAGAGAACCGAACUCUGCAGAGGGAUCUUGAUAAGAUGCAGAGCCAGUGGGAUCGACUGAAGAAGGACACCCUGGACAGACAUACUAAACUGCAGACUUGUGCUGAACAUUGCAAAAAGUACUAUAGAGCUCAGGACUCAUUCCUCCCCUGGUUGAGGCAGGCUGAGGACAAACUUGACAGUUUGAAGCCUGCGUCCUUCAAACGUAAAGACAUUGAGAGGCAACUCAAGGAACUGUCGUCAUUCAGAAACGAGGUUUGGAAGCGUUCUGGAGAGUUUGAGAAUAAUAAGAUGCUGGGGGAGACAUUCCUCAGCGCUUGCGACAUUGAUAAGGAUGUUGUCAAGAAUGAACUGAGUGCUAUGAGGACAAGGUGGGACAAGCUGAAUAAUGACCUUUUGGAACGCACUCAAUCACUUGAAGACACAGCCCGUCAUUUGUCUGAUUUCAAUGAAAAUCUACGUGAUCUCCAGCAUGGUGUGCAGCGUUGUGAAGAUAAAUUGGCUUCACAUGAUGCUCUUGGAGGUGCAUCCAAAGAUCCAAAACUUCUUGACAGAAUUAAGAACCUCAGAGAAGAGACGACAGCUCUGAAGAAGCCCCUACAAGCUGUCAAACAGCAGGCCCACGACCUGGCGAAUCGCGCUCGAGAGCAAGGGGUAGAUGCAACUCAUCUUCAGGACGAGGUAGAAAAUCUAGCCGAUCGAAUUAACGAUCUCCAAGGGAAGCUCGAUGACCGUUGCAACGAUCUCCAGAGUGCAGCUACAGCAGUUGCCCAGUUCAACGAUCAGAUUAAGGGACUGACCUACGAUCUCUCAGCUCUAGAAAAUGAAUUGGACACUAUGAAAGCCCCUGGACGUGACAUAAAAAUCGUUCGAUCCCAAAUUGAAGAAGUGGGAAAGCUCAUUCACAAAAUAAAUCGAGCUUCAGAUGAGAUUGCAGUGCUGGUGAACACUAGUGAGAACCUUGUGGACUCUGGAUUCGCAGCUGAUGCUGUGGCUACCAGGGACCAAGUGGACAACCUGAAGAGACAGCUUGGAAGGCUCGACGAACGAUCACGUAACAGGGCUCAGGAGUUAGCAGCAACAUUGAACAAACUUCAGGAGUUCUACCACCUUCACGGUGACGUACUGGAUGAUAUCAACGAGGCGAGCGAUCAAAUCCGAAGGUUUAAGCCCAUUGGUACGGACAUUGACUCCAUCAAAGCUCAACAAGAGGACUUCAGGACCCUGAAAGCCACCAAGAUCGAGCCAAUAGCUCGCGCUGUUGACGAUUGCAACCACUCGGGUCAAAAUCUGAUCCAAAGCGCUGGAAGGGACGUAAACACGAGUGGAAUCGAGAAAGAUCUCGACAAGAUGAACGAGAAGUGGAAUGAUCUGAAGGAGAGGUUGAACGAGCGUGAUCGUCGUCUGGACGUUGGUCUUCUGCAGUCCGGAAAAUUCCAGGAAGCUCUUGAUGGCCUGGAAAAGUGGCUGGCCGAUACCGAGGAAAUGGUAGCUAAUCAGAAACCGCCAUCAUCAGACUACAAAGUGGUAAAGGCACAGCUGCAGGAGCAGAAGUUCCUGAAAAAGAUGUUGAUGGAUCGUCAGAACUCAAUGUCGUCUCUGUACAACAUGGGACAGGAGGUGGCAGCUGGAACAGAUCCCAAGGAGCGCAAGGCAAUUGAGAAACAGCUUACGGAUUUGGUUGGAAGGUUUGAUGCUCUAACAGAGGGUGCAGCUGAGAGAAUGGACGCUCUGGAGCAAGCGAUGGCAGUCGCUAAGGAGUUCCAGGAGAAGCUCAUGCCUCUUGCAAUCUGGCUAGACAAAACUGAGAAGAAGGUAAAGGAUAUGGAGCUGGUACCAACUGACGAGGAGAAGAUUCAACAGAGAGUGGCUGAACACGAUCGUCUCCAUGACGAUAUUCUCUCAAAGAAACCGUACUUCAGUGAACUGACGGAGGUGGCCAGCCAACUGAUGAGUCUGGUGGGAGAGGACGAAGCUUCUCUCCUUGCUGACAAACUUCAGGAUGCCACUGAUAGGUAUGCAAGCCUGGUUGAGAGAUCAGAGGCCCUUGGAAAUCUUCUGCAAAGGUCGAGACAGGGUCUUCGUCACCUAGUCCUGUCGUACCAGGACCUCCAGGCUUGGAUGGAGAGCAUGGAGAAGCGAUUGUCCAAGUACAGAGUUCUUGCAGUUCACACUGAGAAAUUAUUGCAGCAGAUGGAGGACCUGGCUGAUCUGACGGAGGAGGUUUCCUCACGUCAGACUGAAGUCGAUAGCACAACAGACUCUGGUCUCGAACUCAUGAAGCAUAUCUCCAGUGAUGAGGCACUCCAGUUGAAGGAUAAACUUGACUCCCUGCAGAGGAGAUUCAACGAUUUGGUGACUCGAGGAUCAGACCUUCUUAAACACGCCCAGGAGGCUCUUCCCCUCGUCCAACAAUUCCAUGAUAAUCACAACAGGCUGAUGGAUUGGAUGCAAGGGGCAGAGAGCGCCCUGCAGUCAGCAGAACCUCGAGAGGAGGAGAUUAUUCGUCUGGAGAUGGAGAUAUCUGAGUACAGGCCAGUUCUAGAUAAAAUCAACACCGUUGGACCUCAGCUGUGCCAGAUAUCACCUGGAGAGGGUGCUGCUACCAUUGAAGGUUUAGUGACACGAGACAACAGGCGGUUCGAUGCCAUUGCUGAACAGAUUCAGAGGAAAGCCGAAAGGAUCCAACUGAGUAAACAACGGUCCUUGGAGGUGAUUGGAGACAUUGACGAACUCCUCGAGUGGUUCAGAGAGGUGGACACUCAGCUUCGUGAAGCAGAGCCUCCCAGCAGUGAACCAGAAAUCAUUAGGGUCCAGCUGAAGGAGCACAAGGCCCUCAAUGAUGAUAUAUCCAGUCAGAAAGGACGAGUUCGUGAUGUCAUAUCAACAGCUAAAAAAGUGAUUCGUGAGAAUACUCAUCAUGAGGACACGUCCACCAUUCGAGAAAAGAUGGAGGACCUCCGUGAGACCAUGGAGACGGUAUCUGGACUGUCAACUGAUCGUCUUGGUGCCUUAGAGCAGGCCCUGCCGUUGGCUGAACAUCUAAGAGACACUCACGCUGGUUUAGUCAGCUGGUUGGAGGAAGUGGAACAUCAAGUGUCGAUGCUGCCAAUGCCUGCCCUGAGACCAGAUCUGAUUGCAGCUCAACAGGACAAGAACGAGCUUCUAAUUCAGAGCAUCAAUGAGCACAAACCAUUGAUAGAGAAGUUGAAUAAAACUGGAGAGGCACUGAUCAGACUUUGCAAUGAUGAAGAGGGUGCAAAGGUGCAGGACAUUCUCGAUGCUGAUAACGCUCGUUAUGCAGCACUGAGGGCUGAACUCAGGGCCCGUCAACAAACCCUUGAGCAGGCACUCCAAGAAUCCUCUCAGUUCUCUGAUAAACUCGAGGGAAUGCUGCGUGCACUGGGUUCAACUGCUGACCAGGUCAAUGGAGCAGAACCAAUCAGUGCUCAUCCCCCACGUCUCAGGGACCAGAUGGAGGAGAAUGCAGCUCUCGCUGAUGAUUUAGCCCAAAGAAACGAGGCUUAUGCAGCUGUCAAGAAAGCUGCUGAUGAUGUCAUCAAUAAAGCUGGCAAUCGUGCUGAUCCUGCAGUUAAGGACAUCAAGCGGAAACUGGAUAAGCUAAAUAAAUUGUGGGCUGAAGUUCAGAGAGCUACGACUGAUCGUGGCCAGACACUCGACGAUACUCUAGCUGUUGCUGAGAAAUUCUGGUCUGAGUUAACUGGUGUCAUGUCAACGCUUCGAGAACUUCAGGAUGCCCUUGCUGGACAGGCACCACCAGCUGCCCAACCAGCUGCUAUUCAACAGCAGCAAGUGGCACUCCAGGAGAUCAGACAAGAGAUUGAUCAGACUAAGCCUGAUGUCGAGCAAGUCAGACAGUCUGGCCAGGAGCUCAUGGGUCUCUGUGGAGAGCCCGAUAAGCCUGAAGUAAGGAAACACAUGGAGGAUUUGGAUCAGGCCUGGGAUAAUGUCACUGCACUCUAUGCCAGACGUGAGGAGAACCUGAUCGAUGCCAUGGAGAAAGCCAUGGAGUUCCACGAGACUCUCCAGAAUCUUCUUGAGUUCCUCCAAGAAGCAGAGGACAAGUUCGCCGACAUGGGACCUCUUGGCAGUGACAUCGAUGAAGUCAAGAAGCAGAUUCGACAACUGACAAACUUCAAGGCUGAAGUCGAUCCGCAUAUGGUGAAGGUGGAGGCUUUGAACAGGAGUCUGACGAGACAAGCAGCGGAGUUGACCGAGAGAACAACUUCUGAGCAGGCAGCAGCAAUAAAAGAGCCCUUGGGAGCAGUUAAUCGUCGAUGGGAUGGACUCCUUCGUGGAGUUGUGGAGCGUCAGCGUCUCCUAGAGAACGCCCUCCUGCGCCUCGGACAAUUCCAACACGCCCUCGACGAACUGCUCGUAUGGAUAGACAGAACAGAUCACACACUGGAUGACCUCAAGCCUGUAGCCGGUGAUCCUCAAGUGAUCGAGGUGGAAUUAGCCAAGCUGAAGGUUCUAGUGAAUGAUAUCCAAGCGCACCAGACGAGUGUGGAUACCCUGAACGAUGCUGGAAGACAGUUAAUCGAGGAUGGAAAAGGCACAGCUGAGGCAUCGACAACAGCUGAGAAGCUAGGAACAUUAAACAGAAGAUGGAGAGACCUGCUCCAGAGAGCUGCAGAUCGUCAACGAGAGCUUGAGGACGCCCUAAGAGAGGCCCAGACCUUCACAGCAGAGAUUCAAGACCUCCUCUCCUGGCUAGGAGAAGUCGAUAACAUGAUAGUGGCAUCAAGGCCAGUUGGUGGCCUUCCUGAGACAGCAUCAGAACAACUGGAGAGGUUUAUGGAGGUGUACAACGAGCUCGAGAUGAACAGACCCAAAGUAGAGACUGUGCUUCAGCAGGGCCAGGAGUACCUGAAGAGAGCUAAUGCCUCGAGUGCUAGCUCCCUCAACCACAACUUGAGGACGCUGAAGCAGAGGUGGGACAGUGUGACUGCUAGAGCUAGCGAUAAGAAGAUUAAACUUGAAAUCGCCCUGAGGGAGGCGACAGAGUUCCACGAUGCACUCCAAGCAUUCGUCGAUUGGUUAACAAAUGCUGAGAAAGUCCUAACCAACCUCAAGCCUGUCUCCCGGGUAAUGGAGACUAUCUUAGGUCAGAUAGAGGAGCACAAGCUCUUCCAGAAGGACGUGGGUGUUCACCGGGAAACGAUGCUCAAUCUUGAUAAGAAGGGAACCCAGUUGAAGUACUUCUCUCAGAAGCAGGAUGUUAUUCUCAUAAAGAAUCUCCUGGUUUCUGUUCAACACAGGUGGGAGAGAGUGGUAUCCAAAUCAGCAGAGAGAACGAGAGCUCUGGAUCAUGGUUACAAGGAGGCUAGAGAGUUCCACGAUGCCUGGUCUCACCUGAUGAAUUGGCUUGACGAGACUGAGAUAACCCUUGAUGAGAUGGCAUCUGAAGGAGUUGGUGGCAACGAUCCCGAGAAAAUUAAGUUCAGGCUGAAUAAACAUCGUGAGGUGCAGAAGGCUCUCAGUGCCAAGCAGGGAACCUACGACAACACCAUGAAGUCUGGAAAGACACUGAAGGACAAGGCACCCAAGUCUGAUGAGCCAGCUUUGAAGGAACUGUUAUCUGAGCUCAAGAGCAAGUGGACUACUGUCUGUGGAAAGAGUGUGGACAGGCAGAGAAAGCUAGAGGAGGCUCUACUGUUCUCUGGACAGUUCAAGGACGCCAUUCAGGCGCUCCUGGACUGGCUUCAGAAGACUGAAAAAAUGCUGGCUAAUCCUGGACCACUUCACGGCGAUCUUGACACUGUCACCAAUCUGUGUGAACAGCACAGAUCAUUCGAGAGGGAUUUGGAAUCACGUGCCAGCCAGAUGGAGUCUGUCAUCAGAACUGGAAGGGAGCUGGAGUCGAAAGCUACUAUUGAAGAUGCUUCGACAAUUAGAUCACAACUGAGUGAUGUUAAUUCACUCUGGAAUACUGUUAACAGAUUGUCUGCUAAUAAAACAUCGCGACUAGAGGAGGCACUGAGAGAUGCUGAGAGACUUCACAAAGCUGUUCAUGUGCUUCUGGAGUGGCUCAGUGAUGCUGAGAUGAAGCUCAGAUUUGCUGGACAGCUACCUGAGGAUGAACAGGAGAGCCGAAAUCAACUGAUGGAGCACGACAAGUUCCUCAGGGAACUGCAGCAGAAGGAGGUCGAGAAGGAUCGUACUCUUGAGCUUGCUCACACCAUUCUCGGUAAAUCUCAUCCUGAUGGCGCAGCUGUCAUCAAACACUGGAUCACCAUUAUUCAGUCCAGAUGGGAUGAGGUUGCUACUUGGGCACAUCAGAGACACCAGAGGCUCGAAAGCCAUAUGCAAGGACUACAGGAUCUUGAUAAUCUUCUGGAAGAGCUGUUAGCUUGGCUGGAUGGUCUUACUCACACCUUGAUUACUCUGGAGUCUGAGGAACUCCCUGACGAUCGUCCCAGCUUGGAGAUUCUCAUUGCUGAUCAUAGGGAGUUCAUGGAGAAUACGAGUCGCAGGCAGAAUGAAGUGGACAGUGUCUGUAAAGCCAGGCAGAUCAAAUCUGUCAAAGAUCCCAGGAAAAUGUCCAAAUCAAAACUGUCCGGAUCUGUUAGUAAGGACGGUCUAUAUCAAGACACCGAUGACGAUCAGCCACUUCGCAAGCAGAGCUUCAAAGGCAGCCGAGACCUCCUGCAGUCUAGACGUGGAAGCCGAGCCAGUCCAGGUCGUGAGAGGACACCAGAUCCUAAUCUGCCACACAUUGGUCCGCGCUUCCCACCCAAAGGAAGCAAAGGGGCCGAGCCAGAGUUCCGCAAUCCUCGUGUGAAGCUCCUGUGGGACCGCUGGAGAAACGUCUGGAUGAUGGCAUGGGAGAGACAGCGUCGUCUCCAAGACAAACUCAAUUACAUAGACGAACUCGAUAGAGUGAAGAACUUCAGCUGGGAGGAGUGGCGCAAGAGAUUCCUCAAGUUCAUGAAUCACAAAAAAUCAAGACUGACGGAUCUCUUCAGAAAGAUGGACAAGAACAAUGACGGUCUCAUACCCAGAGACGACUUCAUAAAUGGCAUUAUGAAUACGAAAUUCGAUACGUCGAGGUUGGAGAUGAAUGCCGUGGCUGAUCUGUUUGAUAGGCAUGGCGAGGGACUCAUUGAUUGGAAGGAAUUCAUUGCUGCUUUGCGACCUGAUUGGGAGGAAAGAAAGACUUACAAUGACACUGAUAAGAUCCAUGAUGAGGUUAAGAGGCUUGUCAUGCUGUGUACUUGCAGACAGAAGUUCAGGGUCUUCCAAGUUGGUGAAGGAAAAUAUAGAUUCGGAGACAGUCAAAAAUUACGUCUGGUCCGCAUCCUUCGCUCCACCGUAAUGGUUCGAGUUGGAGGUGGAUGGGUCGCUCUCGACGAAUUCCUGGUGAAGAACGAUCCAUGUCGCGCCAAAGGACGAACGAAUAUUGAGCUGCGGGAACAAUUCAUAUUGGCGGAUGGUGUCAGCCAGACAAUGACAGCGUUUAGAUCAAAACCAAGUCCAACAUCGACAUUACAACGCACACCAUUGUCUUCAGCUGGUCCAAUAACUAAGGUGCGAGAGCGUAGCGCCAGGAGCGUUCCCAUGGGCCAGACACGUGCCUCACGUACUUCCUUGAGUGCAGGAACACCAGACAGCCUCAGCGAUAACGAGAGCUCUUUCAGAUUACCAUCGAGGAAGACAAGCACCCCUUACAGGAGUGGUGUCACGCCAGGAGGCAGUCGUCCGUCCAGUCGUCCAGCGUCUCGUCCAGCGAGUCGACCUAGUAGCAGGCCAGCAUCAAGGACAGGUAGUAAGCCACCAAGUCGCUACGGCUCAACCCAGUCCCUGGAUAGUACCGACGAGUCUGGCACACCGAGUCGUAUUCCCCGAAGAAGUGUAGGAACAACUGGCAACACACCGACAUCAAGUCGUCACAAUAGCGUUUCCGGCAGGAAACUGGGUGCUCCUGUCAACGGAUCAUCAUCACGUUCACGCACCCCAACAGGGCUGAUGAGCCCCGCGAGUGGAGUGCCAUCAAGAAUGAGUUCAAAUCUAUACCGACCAUCGAGCAUUCCAACUCUGUCUGGUGUCGGAACACCGUAUAGUGGUUCUCGGAUACCCGUGUACGUUGGACCGGAUAUUAAAUCUCCCCAAUCGACAACGAGUAAUUUCUCAACUUAUUCUACGCAAAGCAACCACUCAACAAUAUCAACUGACUCCACUGGGGGCUCUUCGGUCAAUACCAGUUCAGCAACUAACACAUCAUCAGCUGUAAAGCAAGCUAGAACAAGAACACCGUCGAGUGGCUCGACAACGCCACUACCGCCGGGCUCGAAAUUAUCGAGAAAGCCAUCAGGGGCGUCGGACACAUCAGUGUCUACUCCACUGAGCUCCCGAAAAGGAGCAAAACCCACGCCCAUCGAGCAGAGAGCACCAUUUAGAUUGUAAUUGAAUAAAAUAUUCAAAUAACAGACUUAUAAUAACUAAUAACGAAAAAUGCAUACUUCAUACGAGCUUUCUUACGGCUAUUUGUAUUUUCAAACAAGAAAAAUAUUAAAAAAAAAAAUUCUAUAAAAAAUGUUUGCGCAGUGCUGAUGAGCAUAACUGUUAGAAUUGUCUAUAAAAAAUAGACAAAAUGAUUGAUAUAAAUGAGUUAAUUUACACGAAGAAAAAGUAUCUAUGAAAAAUUCACAUGUGUGAAUUCAAUAUCAUUAUCGAGUCUCCGUCGUUUUAAUUUUUUCUUUUCUUAAUUACUAAAGAGAAAAAAAAAUCUCUUUUUCCUAGCUUAAGCCCUGUAAAAUACGAGUCAUUUAUUGGCCACUGGUCAAUUAUCAAAGAAGUAAAGUGUUCUUAAAGAAAAAAAGUAAUAAUAUGUCAUGUAUCAGCAUGGAGAUGUCUACGAAAAAAUUACAGCAAUUUUUGAAAUGCUAUUGCGUUUAAUUGAUCAUCAAUGAGUUGAAAGAAAUAUAAAAAUAGUAGUAUCAGAGAAGAGAACAAUUCCUGAGACAUUGGUAAUAUCGUAUGAAGUUUUUAAUCAGAAGAUUUAAUUAUAAGGAUUCGACUAAAACAUAAAAGAUUAAAUAGUUGAAAGGAUUGAUGUGAUUUUUCAUGAAUAUCGAGUCUCUGUGAUGGUUCGGGGGUAACAAAAAUAAGAUCAAUUACGAAUUCGGUACAGAGCAAUCGAUAUUCAUUGGAACAUGACAUUGGUCGUUGUUAAAAUUUUUUUAAUAUAUUGAAAUGAGAUGAUAAUGCUAAAACACUUUAUUUGAUCAAAUAAAACGACAGAUGAUGAAUUAAAGUUGAAACUAAUAUAAUUUCAUCGAUUUAGGGAAUAGAUAUUGAUCGUUUUUAUAAACUGUAAUAAAUGAUAAUAAAUGAUAAAAUUGAUCAUCCUAAAGUAGAAGUUGAAUAGUCUAUGUGAGUGUUUUGUAGUUUAUCAGAAUAAUAUUGUUUUCCAUUGACUUUUUUCUUUGCAACAGUGCAUCAUGAUGCUUUUUGUUAUUUAUACAUUUAAAUUACUUUUGCUUUAUUCAACAAAUGCAUAAUUUGAUUAUUAAUUAUGAGCAUGGGAAUAUAUUGUGUAAAUAUUGGUUGAUUCUCUUGCUCCAAUGAUGGAAACAUGGUAUUAAAGGAGUAGCUAGCAUAAAAAAUUGUAAAAACAAGGAAAGCAUUAAGUGAAUGAAAAUCAAAGUAAGCCUGAAUGUUCAUAAGGCGCAGGUAAUGAAUGCAAACGAACAUUAGCCCUUAAUUUUCAGUGCAUGUGAACAUCAUUAUAUUCUUUCUUCAUUUAUUGUUUCUGAGGAUCUGAAAGUAAGAUUAACGCAAUAGAUAAGUGAAAUAUUCUAAAAAAAAAGUGUGGGUGUUUGAGAUAAUUCUACAAAAAAGGCCCUCAAUUCCAAUUCUUUUAUAUUGAAAAAGAAAGCGAUUAACAAUAAACUACCAUUUUCUAAUAUCAGUUUCUAAUACGAUUAAUGUAUUAACGAUUUAUAUGAGAAAUUUCAUUCUGCCUUAAUGUGAAAUUCUGUAUUGUCGCUAAUAACGCUGUGAAAAAUAUAUAUGUAGAUAUAUAUUUAAAGAA